ACAUGAAUAGCACUCAGCUCGCUCCUUGCCUCUUGCCAUGAUCCUUAUACUGUACCAAAAUCGCACAAUGGAAGUAAAAAGCACCAACUGAUAGUUCAGGGGUUUUCAUGUUCGGUUACUUGCAAGAGAAUGGGCUGCGGGAGUGUCUUAACCCCAACAUCUGUCUUGAUUCUGGCUUCCGUAUUGAAUACCCAUGUUCUUACAAGUUUCUUGGAGACAAACCUAUGCAAGUGGUGUGACUAUACUAACCCAAUAUGCGAGGACAAUGUGUGCUACAGCAAUUGUACAUUGAAUUCCUAUUGUGCAAGUUCAGAGGAAAUAUGUGUUGCUAUAUGGAAGAAGGACAAUGAAUCCACAAGUGUUCAAACUAUGUGUCAUUAUCCACAUUUACCAGUGGAAGACAUAAUAAUCAAAACUUACAAUACAACAGUUUGUAUCAUGACUGAACAGCCCACAGGGAAAGGAAGGAUGUACGUCUGUGGAUGUACCAAUGAACAGGAGUGUAAUGAUAAACUUAUAUUUGAAAAUGACCUAAAUAAAUAUCCAAUAUCACAAAAAAAUGAGGUAAUUCCUGUGGCAGUGUUGAGCCUACUCCCACCUACCCUGAUUGCUUUCACGAUAACGAUGGCAUUUUAUCUCUUUCGCACUCGGCAACAGAGAAAAGUGACCAAGGAGUGGCCGCAGAAACAGAGAGAGCACCAAAGCCUCACUAGGACUGACAUGAGAAAACCUGGAGAGUAUGAUGGAAAAUGCACUGUCGCAAUUGAUGAUGGUCAGUCCAACAUCAGUGCAACAUGUGCCAACAACAUCAAUCACAAUAACGAACUGCUACCAAUCGAACUGGAUGGCAUUGUUGGAAAAGGUAGAUUUGCAGAAGUCUGGAGAGCAAAGCUCAAACAUAGUGCUUCAGGGCAAUAUGAAACUGUUGCAGUGAAAAUCUUUCCUUGUGAAGAAUAUCCAUCGUGGAGAACUGAAAAACAGAUCUUCUCAGACGUCGAUCUCAAACAUGAGAGUGUGCUCCAGUUUCUCACAGCAGAAGAAAGAGUAAGAGGAAUGGAAAAGCAAUACUGGCUCAUUACAGCUUAUCAUAGUGUGGGAAAUCUACAAGAUUUCCUCACCAAUCACAUUCUGACCUGGACAGACAUGUAUAUGAUGACAGGAUCCCUUGUAAAUGGGGUUGCUCACCUUCACAGUGACUAUACUGCAUGUGGCACCCCAAAGAUUCCUAUAUCUCACAGAGAUAUUAAAAGCACAAACAUUCUGGUUAAAAACAAAAGGGAAUGUGUGUUGUGUGAUUUUGGUCUGGCACUGAGGCUUGAUCCAUCUCUAACAGCCGAAGACUUUGCCAAUAGUGGCCAGGUUGGCACUGCCAGGUAUAUGGCACCUGAAGUUCUAGAAUCUCGUGUUAACCUGGAAGAUCUUGAGUCAUUUAAACAGAUGGAUAUAUAUUCAAUGGCCUUGGUUCUAUGGGAGAUGGCUUCUCGAUGUGAGGUAAUUGGAGAGGUGAAAAGUUAUGAAUCGCCUUUUGGAUCAAAGGUUCGUGAUCAUGCAUGUGUUGAAAGCAUGAGGGACAUUGUAUUAAGGGACAGAGGUCGUCCUGAAAUUCCCAGCAACUGGCUGGUACACAAAGGCAUGCACUUCCUGUGUGACACUAUUGUAGAAUGUUGGGACCAUGAUCCUGAGGCUCGUCUUACAGCACAUUGUGUGGCUGAGAGGGUUAAUAUGAUAGUACAAAUGAACUGUGAAGAUUUUCUCAAUAACAACACAAGCAGUGAAGCAAGCAAGGAAGGAGGUUCAAAUCACUCAGAUUUUGGAAACCCUACUGAACAUAAAAGUAUUGAACUAGUCACAGAUCAGUGAACAAAUUGGAGCAGCAAGAGAAGCAAACAUUUUGGUCUCUGUACAUGAAACAUCACAUGACUGAAUGCCAAAAUAAAAGGAGGGUGUCCUGCGAAUAAAGCUCAUUGACAUGGUGCAUUAUUGCUAACUUUAUUUGAUAAGGACAACACGGCAUACAGAGGACUGCAGAUAAGUGCACACUUUAUCUAAGCAGAAUUCCAGGUAGUGCACUGAAUGACACAUACGUAACAUUAUGACUGAAUCAGAAUAUCUGUAUAAUACUUUUUCUUAUAAAGUGCUAUGACAUUUUCUGUGGAUCGUGGAAAUGAUCC